AUGGCAAGCUACUCGUCCAGCGAUGAACCACUAGUUUUCUCUAAGUCCAGUACUCUCAAAAGAGCUCGUCGGAUACCUAAUGAGAAAGAUGGCUCUCACUCUCAUAUUGUCGUAACCCUAACUGACCCAGAAGUAUUUGAUUGCCCUAUUUGCCUUGAACCCUUGACCAUUCCUGUCUACCAAUGUGACCAAAAUGGCCACAUAGCUUGCUCCUCCUGCUGCACAAAAAUUAACAACAGAUGUCCCUCUUGUUCUGGGUCCAUUGGAUCCUGUCGUUGCCGCGCAAUCGAGAAGGCUCUUGAAUCGAUCACAAUAUCGUGCCAGAACAUUCAGUAUGGAUGCAAAGAAUCUGUGGCUUACCAUAAAAAAGGUGAACAUCAAAAGGCAUGUGUUUAUUCACCUCUCUCUUGCCCCCUUCUAUCUUGCAACUUUGUCUCUUCAGCCGAGCAGCUAUACAAACACUUCAGCAGUAGACAUGUGAAAUCUGCAACACAAUUCAGGUUCGGCAACAGUGUUCCUGUUUCAUUAAAUGCCAGUGACGACUUUCUUUUUCUUCAAGAAAAAAAUAAGGGUACAUUAUUUAUCCUCAAGAACCAUCAUGUUGAAGAUCUAGGAAAUGCAGUGACAAUUAGUUGUAUACAACCCAGCUUCAUGAGCGGGUACUUGUAUGACCUUGAUGUGGAAGCCAAGGGAAAUUCUCUCAGAUUGAAGUCUUUCACAUUGAGCAUUCCAAGCCAACAGGUUAUUGAUGAUAGCCCUCCUACAACAUGGUUUCUUUUAAUUCCUUCUGGCUUUAUCAGUCCUGGUGACCUGCUCAAGAUGCAAUUUUGCAUAUGGCCUAAAGAUGCCGUCAGUAUCUAG